UUAUAUGAUUUUUAAGAGGUACAUGAGCAAAAUCUGUUUUACUGAGAUUUGAAAUGACGCAGGUGCUCUAAGCGGAGAUAGUAAAAAUCAAAGCUCCUGCAGUGUUUCAUCUGCUGAUGUCAAGGUAAUUAGGCAGUAAAGUCAACAGGUAGCAAAGUUCUGUACAGAUGUGAAGUCAUUAGCUAUAAACCUAGAUAUUUUUUCUUGGAAACAGGAAAGCUUAAAGAGGCUGGGUUAUGAUUCAAGUCACAUUUCUGAUACAAAAAGAUGAAGUAAUUGCAAGUGUAGCCAGUAUUUUGAAGGGGUAGCAAUUUUUAAACAUCAAAAGCAUUAACAUUAAAGCAAGCAAAAAAUUGGGAGUGGAGGCAAGUCCUCCAUAAAAAAGCUAGCUUGCAGUGAUUCACUGUGCCACACUGGGCAGAAGUACAGUUCUCUGCACAUUGUAUUGUAGGAAAUACCUGAUGAUUGCUAAAAUAUUAAGUGCUAUAAUUCUGCAAGCUGGCACCCCCAAAGGGCCUGAAAUGCCCUAGUGAUGAUUACCUUUCCUCCCACAAUUCUUAAAGCAGAAUGGACAGCAGUUUCAGAUUGAAUAUAUAUUUUCCAUCUGCCGAAUAGUUGUUUUUGUUCAUGCUGUUUGAGGUUAACUGUACACGUACUAAUCAAACCCACUACUUCCUUUCUCGUGAAACCAAAACAAAGCUUCAUACUACUUUCAGGCACAGCAUCUGGGAUCAAAGCUAUAUAUAUACACUGGCUCUGUGUGGGUUCAAACAUUUCGAAGAUUCAGUAUCCUGAAAGGUGUCACCUCUUUUCCAGUCCCGAGAGUUCCAGUUUAUCUUAAAGUCUGAAGGCAUCCGACCUUCAGCCUCUUCAGCAUCUGUCCCAGCACAGGAAUGAUCUCAAUAUUGGUCACCGUGGGCUUUCUCUGCACAGCCACUGCCAUUGCUGAAGUAAUGGAAGUGACUCAGCCAGCAAUGGUGCUGGCCAACAGGCAAGGAGUUGCCAGCUUGGUGUGCAAAUACAAGAACAUCGGGAAUGCAAAGGAAAUUCGAGUGACUUUGCUUAAACAGACUGGUGACCAGUUCACAGAAAUCUGUGCUUCAUCAUAUACCAUGGAGUUUAAAACAUUCUCUGUGGAAGAGGUCAUUCAGUGUCAUGUUACCCCCGGCCAAAACAAUGUGACCCUCACCCUGGCUGGCCUGCAAGCGGAUGACACUGGGCUUUACAUUUGCAAAAUGGAGCGGAUGUACCCCCCACCCUAUUUUAUGAACAAGGGAAAUGGGACACACCUAUAUGUCAUUGAUCCAGAACCUUGUCCAGACACUGCCAUAUAUCUCUGGGUAUUAGGAGCUACUGCCUCGGGAUUUUUCCUUUACAGUAUCAUCAUCUCAGUCAUUCUUGUGGGCAAAGCGAUAAAGAGAAGACAAUGUCUCACAACUGGAGUCUAUGUGAAAAUGCCUUCUGAAAAGCUAGAGAAAAAAGUGAUUCCAUUCCACAUCACUGUUAACUGAAACAAGGAAAGAGAGAAACCAUUUCCUAGCUGGAAUGGAGAGUCUGCCAGUUCGUUUCAGUUAAAGAAAUGAAUUAACUGUCUUUUUACAAAAGAUGUACAGGAAGAUGAGAGAAUAUUCUUUGUAACUUCAGUGGUUUGAAGGAGAAUAAAUAGUAUAUGUAUUCGUAUUUGAAGAUUAACCUUGCCACAUAAAAAUGGCUGCAUUAGGCCAUUGACUUUUUUGAGAUGUAUUGUACCAAUAUGUGAUAUGUAUAUAUAUAUAUAUAUAUAUAUAUAUGCGUGUAGCAUUAAGAGCUAUGGCUGUUGCAGUUGAGCAUCUUCCUGUCAAAUUUCCUCAUGCCUACUGAUCAACUGAAAUCCAAACACUAUUAUGACAGAGGUUUGUGUGUCAUUGCAAGGCUGAUUCACAAGUCUAGGGGGCAGUGGUAGGAGAGCACACUAGUGUACAAAGGAAUGUUGACUUUUUUCCUCACAUUGGUAUUUAUUAGUUCCAUUUCUGGCAUUAGUGCUCUGCACUUCCUCAGAGGCCUCCCCAUAGGCUGGCACAGAUGACACUGCUGCUCUAGAGGCCUGAUCUUAGCUCCCUUGAGUGUGUCCCAGAAGUGCUGUAAUGGAGCUGAAUGAUGGUGUCUGAAUCAGUGCUGACAGUUUGGUUAGAGGAAAGGCUCCAGCAGGAGCUCUCUUAGGCUGUGCUGGGAGAAAGUUUCAGCUCUGCUGGGGCCUUGUGUUUUACAAAUGCUAAAUUAGCAUCUAUACAAAAGGCAAAAGUAUGUUGCUGUAUUUAACAAAGUCUAUUUUCCAUGAAAAUAUUGACAGUGUAUAAUCUUGUUUAUUAGUUAUGUACCAUUCAAUAAAAACCUUGAAGCUUUGCCCAAA